AUGCCUCGAACCGCGACAGAAAAGCAAUCCCCAAAACCCUACGAUCGCCCGACGUUGAAGGCGAUGAAGCGUCCGGAGUUGCAAGCUUUGGCCAAGAAGGAGGGCAUCAAAGCCAAUAUGAAGUCUGAGGAAAUUAUAGUUAGCCUUCUCAUGAAACGAGAGAUGCUCGAAAGCAUCCUGCCGCCCCAGGAGGGGCAACCAGAAGAUGCGAGGGCGGCGACGAACGGGAUCCAGGACUCACAAACCCCUCAUCGCACAGAGGAUUCGUCUGUCGGCCGCGUACCCCAAAACGCCAACCUGCAAGUGCACGGAAGUAUCCUUCAUCCAUUGGUGGAGGGACGACGGCCGCAGAAUGACGCUCGAGUUGAACAACCGCCGAGCAUCUCAACGUACGAGGGACCAGCUGUACAAGGCGGUAGGGGCGAUCUUGAUCUAUUGGUUGGGGUGGCGGCCCAGCAGAGCACCUCUACAGUCGCUUCUGGACGGGUGUCUGUAUUUCCUCCCCAAAGAGAACCGAGGACGCCACCUGGCUCAUCGUAUACCAGUGAGUCCCUUGACAAAAUUCCACCACCAACGGUCGUGCUGAUGAACUUUGCAGACGACCAGAGCUCUAAAUACCGUAUAUCCACACCAUCGCGGUUCCCUGCCCGCAUUCCUGCAUCUCCGAGUUCUUCAGCAUCUCCGGACUCCCCAACGCAGGAACCCGGAAAAGUGGUCUCUGCGAAGAUGAUCAGGCAGUACCGUCGACAGUGGGCAACCCUAAGGAACAAGGCAGCGCCACUGAGGCAAGAAGUUGCGAAUAUUUGCAAACUUCUCGACUCGACCGAGGCAAAAUUUGAAAGGCAGAAGGCUGAACUUGAAGACUUGCGCUGCAUGAGGGAGGCGACGGAACAUGUGCUCGAGCAGUUCAAGUACAACAGGCAUCUCUAUGACGGAACGGGCAACAUGGAGGCGGGAGACGCGAAGGAAUGGCAGGACGCAUGCGCAGACUCCUGGAAGCCCAAGGCCCUCAAGAUGCGCGAGGACCUCGACGCGGAUUCGACAGCCGAUGAGUUGGAAGAUGAGGAUGAUGGAGUCGAUGCGUACGGGUGGGACGUCGAGGAUGAUAGCGACGAAAGGCUCAGGCAAGGCCCAAGCCCCCAUAUUCCUUUAGAAGAACAAGAAGGCAUCGAGACACGUCAGGCAACAAUCACUGUCUGCAACUCCCUCUCCGUCCUCGUUGUUGGCUGUGAAGAUGAACCCGCUCUUGCGUACAUGGCUACCCCACACAAGGCAGGCACAACCCCGACAAAACCACCUACACCGAAGGUCGCGAAGGUGGUCCCCCUUCCUCACAGCCCUCCCCAAACACCUCCGCAAGCGCGACAUGAGGCACAUGAGGGUACUUCAGCACUAAGUGCCCCAUAUAAUCCUCCAGGCGGAGGCCCCAACAUCCCUGGCAGCGGAGGCUCUGUUUCCUUCACGGGAACACCUCUAUUGGACGCGUUAUUGACAACUGCUGUUGGUCUCGGGGCAGUCUUCGUUGGAGGGGUCCUCUACGUUAAGUGGUAUAAGAAGAAUGUUCUAGACAAAAUUGAGGCAGCCUUCUCACCCGGUUAUGAUCCCGCGCUGGAGUUGGCAAAACACCAUACGACGAAGAAAGCGCCUGUAGACGACACAUCCGUCGAGCCACUCUUCGAGGAAGAAGAACCAUGGACGCAAACUCUGCGUCGCAAGGAACAGGAUACGAUUGACCAUAUUAUUCACGGGCAGGAAUCCGGGCAUUACUUUAUGUUGCUUGGUCCAAAGGCAUGCAUGCUUCAUCUCAUUCUUCUUUUAGAGAAAGUAAUUUGA